AUGACCUUUUGCAACACGGGAGCAACGCUCCAGAGCUGGGAAAAUAGCAUCCUCGGGUUUGAAAACCACACAAAUUACCUGAACCGACAAAACCCCUACUUUGGAGCUACAAUUGGCCCGGUAGCUAACCGGCUAUACCAACCAAACGGUAUCCUGUUGCACGGCGGAAAAGAAGGCUGGUCCUGGAAGAAAUGGAACAAGAGCUCCCCCGCCGCUGCUGAAAAUAGUAACGUGACCAAAUUUGAGCUCAGAGAUACCCACAUCACCGCCCACGUGACAUAUACGCUGACUAAGUCGCCCGACAAGAAGACGUCCCAACUGGAAAUCGAAUACUCCGCCAACAGUAAUGAGCUGGGUAAGAGCAUGCCGAUUAGCAUGACAAAUCACAGCUACUUCUGCUUGGACAAAGACGGUGCCGAAGGUGAGGGUCACGUGACCGUCGACGACCACGAGCUCUGGCUGUGUAACGAUCAUGUGAUUGAACAUAAGGACGGUCUGCAAUCGGAGCCUCCUACGGGCGAGCUUGUCCGAUGCGAGGCAUUGUUGAAGGCGGGGGCGGGUGAGUCACGUGACACAUUCUCGUCACUUGGUCGCUUUUCGGACUUGUCUUCACUUGGUGGGACGUCCAUCUCCCUCAAUGGAACUGUUCUCGACCACACUUUUGCUGUCGAUAACGACAGGCUUUCACGUGAUGCCAAGCUCGAUACCCGUGAUGAUCCAUUAGUCAGCGUUGCAAUUUUGUCACGUGGAAAGACCCGUCUGACCGUCAAGACCACCGAGCCCUGUUUCCAGGUCUAUACCGGCGACUACAACAAUGUGGAACUGCUUCCCGGCGAGUCACGUGACUUUGGUCGACGUUCUGGGGUUGCGAUUGAGUGUUCUCGCCCCACGAAUGCUUGGAAUGUUCCUGGGUGGCAGCCGUGGGUUGAUUUGGGUCAGGGGGAGUAUGGUGCUAAGAUUAUCUAUGUUUUGGAGCGGGAGUGA